AUGCACGCUACGGAAGAUAUAAAGAGAACAAAACACGGCUUUAAAGACAAUUACAGGAUAGAAACAUAACCUCAAAUAUGGUACAGAAGAAACAGACUAAUCAAAACUAUGAAAGGACACGAACAUUUACAUUACAUUUGAUAGUGAGGAAAGGACAGAAAAACAGGUUCCUGAGGGGCGGAGGAAUGAUGUUCCAGCACUUGGUCGCAUUGUACUUGAAGCUGCCACGAAAAGCCGCAGUCGCAUGCCGAGGAGUUAUCAGCUGUAUACUACAAGUGCGUACUGCAAGAGACCUGCGAGUGGACAUCCAUGACAGCUUUUCGAAGAGAUAUAAAGGGGAUUUAUGUUUUACUAUGCCAAAAAGAAGACUGGCCAGAUGAAGUUUGCGACGGUGAAGCAUUUUAAGAAUAUUGUGCUUAUUCAAAAAUGGCGUGACAUGAGCUCUUGGUGGUACAUUGAAACAGAAGCGGGUACAGGCAUUCUGUACUCUUUGAAUAAGCCGUUUUGUUUUUGAUAGGAGCCGAGGGCCAUACACUAAAUCCAUGUAAUUUAAUUUAGACAGAACUAGUGUUUCAAUCAAUUGAAUGCGCAAGGUUUCGUUAAUAAAAGGCCGUAUGUUG